AUGAAUACACCCGUCGAAGCUCAAUCUAUAUCCUCGCUGAAUAAUUUGCUUGCGAACCCACCACGCUACCCGAGGAAUCCGACUCAUGAGGUCCAUGAUGCGCUUGUGCUCUACAUUGUUCGGGUUCCAGGCAGCAAAGAUGUAUUCCUCACGCCACUGAAGCCACCGACCAAGGCCUCGAUAAGUAUCGAGGCUGUUCAGUCGAGUCUAUAUUUCCUUCACGUUGAAAGACCUGAAGAUGAGGCGCUGAGGAAAUCACUGGAAGCCGCACAGGCCACAGAGAGUCGCAGCCAUGACGUCCUGCCAGUACAGAGGAAGCCUCUUCCCCCUACGCCUUAUGCGAAUUAUCCUGCUUCUCAGAGACCUCCGACUCCCCCUAAGAGCUACCCUCAUUACCAACCGCCCUUACCAGAGUCAAAAACUGCCACCCAAGCAGAGCGUUAUGCUGCGCGUGGAACUCAUCUCAGGCUAACUACUAGGGACAAUCUGAAUGCUCUGGCUUCCAGCAAACCUGUUGGCGCCCGAUCAAUGCCUUCAACGACGCAUGGCUGCGACGACGGUCUAUCCCCAAGCCCAAUCGAAGAUGCGCAAACGCAGUUCAGAUUGGCCAGGAAGCCAGUUCAGCCGGUGUUUCUGGCUGAUCCUCAUGAACUUAAGCGCUCAGAUACUGAUCAGGGAUCGCCGAUGGGUUCUGGACCUGACCGUUCUUUUCAGCUUUCUGCUGCCCCGUCUACAGACCCCAUGGCUGCUAAUGCACGGUCUGGCGUGUUGCGCAUUACCCUGAUCCGGAGAGACCCCUCCUCUGGUAGUCAGUGGAACGUGGGUAGCAUCGUUCAGCAAACCGCAGAAGCACCUUUGCGGAAGGUUGAUAUUGAGCUCACUUCUCCAGGUUAUAACAAGUUCGUGCAAUUGGAAGCUGGUGGAGGCGCCGGGUUCCGCAGAAAGGUUGCCUAUAUGCAGACAUCUAGCGAUGAUGGAUCAUUUUUGGCGAGGAGGAGGGGCGAUUCUACGGAGUCCUUUUCAAACGCGUCUCAUUCAUUCAGCCGCAAACCCAAGCAGUCCUACGCUUUCAUUUCGCCAUGGCAAGGGACGUGUGCUUUCGGCAAUGGCCUGGAUGGGAAAAGCCUACGAUGUCGGCAUUUCCUUCCGGGUGCGAAUCCAUCCAUGCCAGGCGUAAGUGCAGAUAUUGCAGAACUACGGUUCAAUCUGCCAUGGGCAUCGCUUCGUUUGAAGGAUCCGAACAAGAAGCAGGCGAAUCACAUUCCCGAGUUUUCUCACGACACAUCUGCCACCCGCCCGGGAACUUCUUCCAAUAGGGAGCAAUGGAGGCGAAGCUUCCAAAUCUUGACGCAUAGAACUCGAAAACAGCUCUCGAUCAGCGACAGCAAUGGCAAUGAAUCUUCAUUGAAAAAUUCCACGGAGGACCCGACACAGCUCGACAAGUCGAGCGAGCAGAUUCGAAUGAGCCUUGACCUUGGACGAGAGAAGGCUGGUGGAGGGUUCAAAGGCCAUAGCGCUAAGCUGGGCAAGCUUAUCAUCAAUGACGAAGGUUUGAAGAUGUGUGAUUUGGUAGUCGCUGCGUGCAUGGGCGUCUGGUGGCAGCAUUAUGCCGGAGAUGUCUCGUCUCACUGA